AUGGAAUCCAACUCCAACUUGCCUGUCAGAAAUCAAGGUUAUGCUGCAUUGUGCCCCGACUCUGAAUACCUGUCAAGUUCUGAGUCAGAUGCAAAGCUGUUUCGCCUUCCCAAUGGAGCAGAGGUAAAAGUAACUCAUGACAAUAUAGGCCAGCUCAGGCUGUUUGGAGAGAAUGAGCCACCUCAUUCCCUUCUUGCUCUCCAUUUACCAGAAGAUGAAACCCAAGUGGUUGCCAUAUACAUGCUUCACAAAUGGUGGCCCAUCAGUGAUGUUUUGAAGACAUCCAGCAAAUCCAGAAAUGGACUUGUGUUUGUGGAGUCAGUGAUGGAGAGAGUUAUACUGUUCCUCCUAAAUCAGAUUGUGUUUGGAAUGUUGGAAAGGCCUAUGGGUGAACACGUGUAUUUCUCACCUCAUCCUGUGUCAGAAUAUGGCAAAAUCUUCUGGCAAGAUGGAGAAGCAGUUGGCUUUUACACUGUUAAAAAGAAAGGAAGCCUGUGCAAUGGAUGUACUGGUCAGUGUUACCUUCUCCCUGUGCUGGACACUGUGUUUGUGCGCAGCCACUGGAGGAGGAACGGCCUAGCCAUGCAGAUGCUCCAGGAUUUUUGCAAGUCCAUGUCGACAGAGAGGGUGCUGGGCAUUAGUUACCCCAUAUCUCCCAGCAUGUAUGGAGUAUGCAAGAAGUACCUCGAAAUUCACCAUGAACAAAGGGAGCGCCUCUAUGAAGUGGAACCUCCUGGGAAUUGGAGUCAGAGACGCAAUGUACGAUUUCAGAUGAGAGUCCACACAUCACACAAGCCACUGACAAACAGCUCACAGACAAUACAGGGAAGGUGA